AUGUGGAAAUCGUUGCUCUUGUUCGCUUUUCUAUCCCAAACUGUCAAUGGAUAUCUUCUAUCAAAAAGUGAUCCAAUCUGUCGAGAUGAAAGUUUUCUCUUUUAUUGGAAAUCAAUGGAUCCAGAAGUCACAAGUGGAAACAGUCCAUUGGACAUUACCAGUAAUUGUUGCGUCUCUUUUCAGAUAUGGUUCCGAUUGAUUUUGGUAAUCUUUUUCCUGUUCUGGAUCGCCACUUUCGUUCCAAUCGUCGUCAAUUUCAUUGAAGGGACCGAUAGAAGAACCAAUUGUUGUGAUGAGAAAAAGAAGAAGGAAAAGAAGAACACUGGAAAAGAAUAG